AUGCCCAAGGACAAACGGCCGCCGACGUCAGGGUACGCUCGAAUAGCGCAGGCCGAGGAGGAAGAGGACUCCGACGCCGCAUCUGAGGAUGGCUUCCACCAGAACUCCCUAUCGAACGAGCAAUAUGCUCCUAUCCAGCCUUCACGAAGCUCGCACAUGCGCAUGCCGGGUGAUUCAGCUCCAGGAUCACCCAGCGCACGUCGAACAUCUACCAGCCGCCGACAUCGGUCGAAUUCAGGCGUCGACAUCAAAGCCAUAAACGCGCGAUUCGAGCGUUGGGCAGACGAGAUUGCGCAGAAGUUCAAGUUCAAGAAGCAGAAGGAGGACCCAGACGACGAACAGCUCGAGAUACACCAUUCUGUCUUCCAAGCACCAGACGGUGUGCGACCAGCAACGGCAGAGUCGCUACAGUUCGACUACGAUGGAGCUGGCCCACCAGAACGCAUGACAAAGCUGCAGUUUGACGACAUCGUGGAGAGCGUUCGAACAGCCAUCGAGCUUGGCGUCCACCCAAAGCUCAUCACACAGGGCAGCUCAGGCAGCUACUUUGCACGUAACACACAGGGCAAGGUUGUGGGCGUCUUCAAACCGAAGGACGAAGAGCCAUAUGCGUCGCGAAAUCCCAAGUGGACAAAGUGGAUACAUCGCAAUUUGUUCCCCUUCUUCUUCGGACGCGCCUGCCUCAUCCCAAACUUGAGCUACAUCUCCGAAGCCGCCGCAUACGUCCUCGAUACCCAACUGCGAACGAACAUCGUGCCUUACACGGAUAUUGUCAAUCUCUCUUCCAAGUCCUUCUACUACGAUUUCUGGGAAAGGCGGGCAUUCUACAGGAAGAGAAACCCCUUUCCAGAGAAGCCUGGUAGUUUCCAGGUCUUCUUGAAGGGCUUCAAGGAUGCAAACGUCUUCCUGAAGGAGAACCCUUGGCCAGACCAGCAUACCUCGAGCUUGAACGCGGCUUCUCGUAAGAAGAGAAGAAGGUGGGCGGAAGACUGCAGACCGAGUGGCCCAUUGUCUGACAACGAAGACGAUGAGGAGCGACCAGGCACGCCUGAUCCACAGCGGCGACGAGGCUUCUGGGCACCUGCAUUACAACAGUCGUUCAGGGAGCAGUUGGAGAAGCUGGUCAUUCUCGACUACAUCAUGCGCAACACGGAUAGAGGGUUGGACAACUGGAUGAUCAAGAUCGACCAGAAGACACAAGAAGCCACGAUAAUUGCUGAGCCGCCGAAGUUGAACAACGAAGUAGACGGGGAGGACGCACCGAGCCAGUACACACGGCAGUCGAUGUCAGAGCUGGACCCUUACGGACGCAGGGAGCCAAUGAGGGCAUCGAGUCGCUCCAAUACACCUAUGCAGAAUGGACCUACGCCGGAAAUCACGCUUGGUGCUAUCGACAACAGCUUGUCGUGGCCAUGGAAGCACCCCGAUGCUUGGCGCAGCUAUCCUUUCGGCUGGCUCUUUCUGCCCGUCUCCCUCAUCGGCCAGCCCUUCUCCGAAGCCACUCGAAAGCACUUCCUUCCGCUUCUCACGUCGAAACAAUGGUGGAGUGACACACAGACGGCGCUGAGGAAGUGCUUCUCCCAAGAUGCAGACUUCAAGGAGCGCAUGUACGCAAAGCAGAUUGCAGUCAUGAAGGGACAAGCAUGGAACGUGGUGGAGACACUCAAGACGCCCGACCACGGCCCACUAGAGCUGACAAGACGGGCACGUGUGUGCGUCUGGGAUGACAUCGUUGAGAUACCCAUCGCAGUACCUCUGCGUGCACCUUCAGCUGGGAUGCGGCGCAAGCAACAGCCCAGUCGGCAGCAAAGGCUAGAUGAAGAGCAUGAAGAAAUGGACAUUACAGCGCUCCAGACCCCACCACAGAAACCACAACCUGACCUUCUCAUGAACUCCCCACCUCUCGACUCAGCACAUGAGAAUCGCUUCAAUCUCACUCGCGAUUCCUCGUCCUUCGAUGCUCGGCGCGCUGCCAACACGAAUGGCCCCAUGUCUCCCGCAACGGUCAACGACGUGCCCUGGCCAAGUCGAAAGAUGCCAGAGUCUAACGGCAGACCAGCCCACCGCUCGCGUAUGAGCCACGACAUGCCCCGGCGCGACAGCAGCAGGCGACAGCGGCGAUUCUCUCUCAACCUACGUAGAGACGAUUAUGACGAAGACGAAGGCGAUCUGGGCUACGCAGCGAACGAGGACAUGGAGGGCAACCGCAAGAAGGUCAUCGUGGAGAGGCUUGAAAUGGUCAAGGGCAGGAACCCAGUCUUCACGUGGUGUUAA